ACGAUGGCUCCGCUGUUUCUCCCCGAACGGCUGUAUGACCACAAUGCCUUCUUCUGGGAACAUCAUGACAACAGAGAAGAGUUUACUGGUUGAAGCUGAGAAUUCUCAGCACCAACAACCGAAGGAAGAAGGGGAAGGAGCCACAAACUCAGGCCAACAGGAAACGCAGCUGGAAGAGGCUUCCCAAGUGGCAGCUGAGGGCGGUACUCAGUGUGAGCAGAAGCUGAAAGCAUCCAAUGGGGACACUCCAACACAUGAAGACUUGACCAAGAACAGGGAGCGGACGUCAGAAGGCAGAGGCCUGUCACGAUUGCUCUCCUCAUUCCUCAAAAGGCCCAAGUCUCAGGUCUCUGAAGAAGAAGGCAAGGAAGUAGAGUCAGAUAAAGAAAAAGGCGAAGGAGGUCAGAAGGAGGUAGAUCUUGGAACCAGCCUUGAUGAAGACAUCAUUUUAAAGGCCCCCAUUGCAGCUCCUGAGCCUGAGCUCAAAACAGACCCAUCUUUAGAUCUUCAUUCAUUAAGCAGUAUAGAAACACAGCCAGCUCAGGAAGAACACAGAGAGGACCCAGAUUCUGAAACAAAGGAAGCAGAAGGGAUUGAAGGGUGCUCUGGAGCAGAGGCGAGAGAGGACCCCGCAUCAAGAGCAGAAAGAGAACCCGAGGUCCCCCAGAAGCCGGCUAGAAGACACGGAAACAUGCACUGCAAGGUGUCCUUGCUGGACGACACGGUUUAUGAGUGUGUUGUGGAGAAACAUGCCAAGGGACAAGACUUGCUUAAGCGCGUGUGCGAGCACCUCAACCUGUUGGAGGAGGACUACUUUGGUUUAGCUGUGUGGGACAGCGCAACCUCUAAGACAUGGCUGGAUUCUGCCAAAGAAAUAAAAAAACAGGUCCGAGGUGUUCCUUGGAAUUUCACAUUUAAUGUGAAGUUUUAUCCACCUGACCCAGCACAAUUAACAGAAGACAUAACAAGAUACUAUCUGUGUCUUCAGCUUCGGCAGGACAUCGUUGCUGGGCGGCUGCCCUGUUCCUUUGCCACCUUAGCCCUGCUGGGUUCUUACACCAUCCAGUCUGAGCUGGGAGACUAUGACCCAGAACUCCAUGGCGCUGAUUAUGUUAGUGACUUUAAACUGGCUCCAAAUCAGACCAAGGAACUUGAAGAGAAGGUCAUGGAAUUGCAUAAGUCAUACAGGUCCAUGACUCCAGCUCAGGCUGACUUGGAAUUUCUUGAGAAUGCCAAAAAGUUGUCCAUGUAUGGAGUUGAUCUUCAUAAAGCAAAGGACUUGGAGGGAGUGGAUAUCAUCCUAGGAGUCUGCUCCAGUGGCCUUUUGGUUUACAAAGAUAAGUUGAGAAUUAACCGCUUUCCUUGGCCCAAAGUGCUAAAGAUUUCUUACAAACGUAGCAGCUUUUUCAUCAAGAUCCGGCCUGGAGAGCAAGAACAAUAUGAAAGUACCAUUGGCUUCAAGCUUCCCAGUUACCGAGCAGCUAAGAAAUUAUGGAAAGUCUGUGUGGAACAUCACACAUUUUUCAGACUGACUUCUACAGACACCAUCCCCAAAAGCAAAUUUCUUGCCCUGGGAUCCAAGUUUCGGUACAGUGGCCGGACUCAAGCACAGACCAGGCAAGCCAGUGCUCUGAUUGACAGGCCUGCCCCACACUUUGAGCGGACAGCAAGCAAGCGGGCAUCCCGGAGCCUCGAUGGAGCAGCAGCUCCUGAAUCUACAGACCGAAGUCCUCGGCCCACCUCUGCACCAGCCAUUGCUCAGAGUCAGGUCACAGAAGGACCAGGGGCACCUGCCAAAAAAACGCCAAAGGAAGCUGGGAAGGUUGAGGUGAAGGGGGAAGAAAAGCCGUCUGAGCAGGUGGAGCCUGAGCCUACAGAAGCGUGGAAGGUGGAACAGACCCACACCGAGGUCACAGCACCUACCUCACAUGGUGACCAAACACAGAAGCUUGCAGAAAAAACUGAAGAUCUGAUAAGAAUGAGGAAGAAAAAGAGAGAGAGACUAGAUGGUGAAAACAUUUAUAUCAGACAUAGCAAUUUAAUGUUGGAGGAUUUAGACAAGAGUCAAGAAGAAAUCAAAAAGCAUCAUGCCAGCAUCAGCGAGCUGAAAAAGAACUUUAUGGAAUCAGUACCUGAACCACGGCCUAGUGAGUGGGACAAGCGCUUAUCCACACACUCACCCUUCCGGACUCUUAACAUCAACGGGCAAGUCCCUACUGGAGAUGGAGUGAAGAAAACUUCUACCCUCCCCUCGGAAAGAAAGAGUAUAAAUGGCAUUCGCACAGAGGAGGUGGCUAUCGUGACAAAAGGGCCUCCCACCCACCCUGCCUCUGAAUGGGAGUGCCCCAGGCAGUCAGUAGUUCCUAGUCAGAGCCUGACGACCACCCCACCAGCGUCUCCACAGAGCUUUGAUUCUGGCUCCCUCUCCAUAAACAGCAAGGAGGCGGAAGAGAAGGAGCAGGAGGCAGCUGGCUAUCUUGAUGCUAGCGAGAAGCCAACAGGCCCAAGUGGGGAGUGUUUGGGAGUGGAGGAGCAGGCCAGUACCUUAAGUUUCUCAGUAACUCCAGCUUCCUGCCAGCUGCAGCUCGGUGAAAAAAAGGCAGACAGUAAUGAAGAGCCAGUUGCACCAGCAGAGACCCUUGAGAGCCAGAGCGGAUCCUUUCUUGACUCUUCUGUGGGUAACCAGUUCCCCACCCUCAUUCGAAGUUUCCAGCCUCCUCUGGUAAAGACUCAGACUGUCACCAUCUCAGAUUCUGCCAAUGUUGUGAAAAGUGAAAUCCCAACCAAAGAUGUCCCUAUUGUCCACACUGAGACCAAGACCAUCACCUAUGAGGCUGCCCAGACUGAGGACAGCAAUGGGGACUUAGACCCUGGAGUCUUGCUGACAGCUCAGACCAUCACAUCUGAGACCACAAGCAGCACAACCACAACACAGAUCACCAAGACUGUGAAAGGUGGGAUUUCCGAGACCCGGAUUGAGAAAAGAAUUGUGAUCACGGGAGAUACUGACAUCGACCAUGAUCAGGUCCUCGUACAAGCCAUCAAGGAGGCCAAGGAACAGCACCCAGACAUGUCAGUGACCAAGGUGGUUGUCCACCAGGAGACUGAGAUCUCUGAGGAGUGAGCUCAGGGACUGCCCCGCCCCCUCCCUUUUCCCCCUUUCAAGAGAAGCCAGCAUGUGGUAAAGAAGCCAGCCUGCAACAGCCAGACUUCAUACUUUGAAGACUGUUCCACACCACAGAAAACCAACUUCAUUUUCUAUUCAGAAUUUUUACCAAGAGAUGCCACGGAUGUUCUCUAUAUUGUGAUACAGAAAUUGUCAACCUUUCGCUCUAUGAACUGUUUUUAAGACAUUUUGGUUUUUUUAUGGGGUGGUUGGUAACCCCUCACCUAGCCUUUCCUCACUCAUUUUCAACUCAGACCCUGAGAGGAUCCACAAACUUCUCCAGACCUCCAGAGACCCUGUCAGCCACUAGAGGCCAGAGCCAGCUCAGUGGGACCUCCUGCUCCUCCCUGAGCUCCAUACCCUCUGAUGACACAAAAACUUCAUGUACCAGUGAAUGUCAGGCAGGGCAAAUGCCCUGGUCACAGACCCCAGAAACGUGGCCUCCCAUUGCAGGGUGUUUGGUAAGGCAGAGACCUCCGCUGAGCACAUGAUGUCACCCCCUUCUGUUUGGAGCUUCUUUAAGUCAAAGAAAUUAGUUGCUUCAGAGAGAGCCGAUACUGUGAACAUUUGAAUGCUUCUGUGGCCUUCACCUCCCCAGCUGCCCUGGCCCUCACUGGAAACACAGCUUCAUCAAGUGCUCCCCAGCUCCCAUCUCUGGAGACCAGAACUCAUGGAAAAAUUAGGCACUUUUGACCAAAAGUGCCAAUGGAACAUUUUUAGUUGUAGUUUGGGGAAGAAAAGUUAAUGAGGUUUUAAAAAAAUCAGGUCUUGUUCCGGGAGCAAGUUUCACCCAGGGGAGUGGUGCCCUUACCUCAGUUGGAUCCUGUUAAGGAGUCUUUCCAGCCUCAGCCUGGGCCUCCUCCCACCUGGUGUGGUAAGGGGUGUGGCUCAGGGAAGAGGGUGCUUUCUGUGACCUUUCUGUGACAGGCCUGAAGGUGCCCUCUAGGAGAAAGGCUGUUUCCAUCUCCUGGUGGCCAUCCCAGUCAGGGUGGGUGUGAGCAGCUCUGCGCAUCCCCACUCAAUCGCCUGAGAAGUCUGUCUGUAAGGUUUUGAGGCUUGAUUUUAUGGUGGAUUUUGGCUUUAGUUUCCUGUUUUUUAAUAUUCAUUUUGAAAAGGGAGCCUGAUGUCCCCAGUUGGUGGUGAGAAUUUGAGGUGGUUUUUUUCAUCCCGAUCUGGGCCUCAGUAAUCCUCCAGCUAACUUCCUACAAACAUCUGCCUGGAAGAUUAGUCAAAUCCUAAUUCUAGGCUGGAAUGAACUUCAUGAGGGUUGACAGCGGGUGCUUGGGCACUGAAGGGUAGCAAGCAGGAGUAAAGUCAGAAGCCAUGCAGUUUCUGCCCUCCUGGCCCACUGCUGUAUACAAAUUCAGCCACUUUUGAACUGGUUUUGAGUGUGCAGUUUUAGCUCCCUGAGACUGUUACCAGUGGCAGCUUGCUCUAAGGAGGAGUAGCCCAGGUGGAGAGGAAGGCUUGGGUUCCACUCCCAGAAGCCAGCUUGCAGUCUGGGGCUGAGCCAGAGGGCUGUGCUGCAGGGAGCCGUGUUAGUGUGGAGGAAGCUCCCACCCGGCUCUGAAAUAGAGUGGGAGGACACCUGCCCGCUCGGCGCCGUGCUCCAGGCCAGCCUCAUCAGGACCUCAGAGCUGGGCACCUGAGCUCUGCUCCUCUCUGCCGCCUUGUCUGCAAAUUGGGCCAGAAUUCUGAUGUCCCUCCAGCCUCCUCCCCCUCCUUUGCUGGCUCUGGCAACAGAUCUUGGGAUAUGGUAAUUGUUUGGAUUUUCUUCUUUCUUUCUGCAGUUGUGUGUAGAGAACAGACUCUGUCCAGGUAGAAGGAGUGAAGGGGGAGGGGAGUCCCAACUCCAGGGUCAGAGACUUGGCAGGAGCUUUCCCAAAGUGACUCAGGCACACCACAGUAACAAUCCCAACUGCAGUUUUAUUUUUACUUCAGAAGUAGAUUUCCUUCAAGCCACAUGAGAUCUCUGCCACCCACCCACAACGCCAGCCCUAUAUUCCUAAGCUGGGGCCCCAGGAGGCUACCUCCGGGGCCCCUCCCCCAGGCCAGCAGUGUAUUCUGGGGCAUGCUGAGCAGCUGGGGUUGGGGAGCUCUGGCCACCUUGAGAAAUGGAGCUGAGCUCCGAGGCCAGCACCCCAGUGCUCAUGGGAAAUAGCCCCAGGCUGGUGGUUUUUACAAAUCUCUCAGAUGUAUUAUUUUGAUGACAAAAAUGAAGGAGCUUUGUAAAAUUUUUAAAAAAUUAUGAAUCAUAUCAAGUAGUUGUUUACAUUUGACAAAAUAGGAACUAUGGCGGCAGAGUCCAGCUGAAACCCUUAGGUGAGAUAGCAGUAGUGGGGCCUGCUGUCUGCGCCUUUCUUAGUGACAGGCGUGGCUGUAGUGUGUAGGUAAGUGUUUGCUCUUGCUUCUUGUAUGGCAUUUUUCAAUAAACUUAAAAAAAAAAAAAGCCUGA